AUGUCAAUGAACGUAACGAUGGAACCGUCAAUAUCGCGUGAGACUUCAACAUCAGCGAUAGAUCGUCAAUUCUGGGACUACUUCGAAACAUCAGAGGAGAGGAACAGGACAUGGGAAGAAGUGACUGGUCGGGAACAAAAGGCUGUGCUUAGCGCGUAUGGCGUUUUGAUGGCGGUGGGGGCAAUAGGCAAUGUUGUGGUACUGGCUGCUUUGACGAGCGCUCGAAGAAGGAGGUCCAGAGUUGACCUCUUGAUGACUCACCUCGCAGUGGCUGACGUAUGCGUCACGUGUGGAGUGAUACCUUUAGAGAUCGGUUGGAAAUACACAAACGCUUGGUUGGUCGGCAAUCUGCUCUGCAAAGUGCUGCUUGUGAUGAGAGCUUUCGGUCUCUACUUAUCUUCUAAUGUGCUCGUAUGCAUAUCCAUUGAUAGGUUUUUCGCAGUCAUAUAUCCCUUGAAACUGUCCGUUGCGAGAAGGCGAAGUAAGCAAAUGCUGUACGCGGCGUGGGUCUUCGCGUUAGGUUGCAGUUUACCGCAGAGCAUCGUGUUCCGAGUUAAGCUCCAUCCCUACAUAGUCGGUUUCGAGCAGUGCGUGUCUUUUGGCGCUUUCGCCAACGUGCGUCUCGAGGUCGCCUACAAUGUGUUCUGCCUCUGCGCCAUGUACUUCCUUCCUCUGUUGAUCAUCACGGUCUGCUAUGUAUGCAUAUUCUGCGAAAUACGUCGGAGCAGCAACGAAUUGAACGAGAACUGUGUUCACAACAUUAGCACGGUGAGGCUACGUCGUUCAGAUAGGCGAGUGCUGGAGCGAGCGAGGCGACGCACGCUAAGAAUGACCGUCACCAUUGUGAGCGUAUUCGCGCUCUGCUGGCUACCGUACGCUACCAUCACAAUGUGGUACAUGGUCGACAGAGAUUCAGCGUCUCGCGUCUCGCCCCAAGUCCAAGAUCUUCUGUUCGCGAUGGCUGUCUCCAAUUCCUGUAUGAAUCCACUCGUGUAUGGCUCCUACGCUUUGCGUCUCAGUGGCGCAAUACAGAGAUUCUUCAAAAAAUCCUGCUGCUGGUCUGCAUCCACUUCUGAUACUGUCGGCAACUCGGGCUCCAGUUCAAUAAAGCUUAGGAAUAAUAACACACCUGGAACAUGUCUUGUCAAACCCGGACGUGUCAAACCACGUUUAGGCGUGCGCUUCGCUGAGACAUCUCUGACAGCUGUUCCUGAACGUUUGGAGGUGAAUAAGAUCCGUGGACCCGCUUGACAGCCACCCGCUCGGCUGUACUGCGCGCGGCACGAGCGAUGUCGCGUGCUCAACGAGUAUUACAAAAGUAGAUCAACGCCUGUGUAGCCUGACGUAUGUUAUCAAAAACGACUUAUAGACACCAACCAUGGACGCGACUUACGCCAUAUCAGACCAGUUAAUAGUCAGCGUGCAUCAGUUUUUAAGUCACGGGCAUAAUAUCGACCGUCUGACAUGUGACAUUAAGUCAUACCUGUCGACCGCAGAUGUGAGUUGCCUCUGAUGUAACAUUUCUAGCUUCGCUCGAUUUUUUAAGAUUAAAUUAUAACAUAUUUUAGCAUGUAUAUUUUGAGAUAUCUGUACCUACAAUCAUAUUAUGAUUAUCAGAUAAAAUGAAAAUUGUAUGUAUAUGUUAAUGUGAUAUUAAUGAUGUAAUAUUAAUAUUGUUAUGUCAAUAAAAUGUUUUCCU